AUGGUGACGACGUUUGCCGAACAAGACCGUGACGAUGCAGACGCUGACGAUGACGUGCCGACCGUGACCGUGAUGUUGACGAUGACGCUGACGAACGCCAACCUGACGUCGUUGCCUCGCUUCCUGCCGCCGGACAUCCUUCAGCUCGACCUGCGGGGCAACCACAUAGAGCGCAUCACCGACGAGCUGGAAUCCUACUCACAACUAGAGAUGCUCGACCUGUCCGAAAACUGGCUCGUCGCGCUGCAGCCGCACGCCUUCAGCGCCCUCUCGCGGCUGCGCGUGCUGCGCCUCAACCGCAACGCCAUCUCCUCCGUUCAGCCCUCGACGUUCGCGAAUCUCUCCAGCCUCGCCGUUCUCUACCUGAACGACAACAACCUCGCGUACGUUCCGGGCGGUGCGUUCUCCGAUCUGGGAAGUCUGUUGACGCUCGAUCUCUCGCACAACAUGCUUACCAGCUCGCGAAUGACAUCAGUGUCGUUCGCCGGACUGAGUCAGCUCGUGACGCUGGUGCUAGGCAACAAUCGGCUGCGUUUGAUUCCGAGCAGCGCACUGAAGACGUUGGAUAAACUCAUCAUGUUGGAUCUCAGCUACAACAUCGUCGAGAAUCUGCGAUCGACGUCCUUCCACGGGUUGAAGUCGCUACAGGAGCUGCAUUUGCACGACAACGAGAUCGAUUUCGUCUCCGAUUGGGCGUUGAUGGGUCUACCCUGGUUGAAGAAGCUCACGCUGUAUAAUAACUACCUGACGUACGUGCCCAUCGAUGCGCUCAAGGAACUGACGCGGCUGGAGGUUCUAGACAUGAGUGGCAACAGGUACGACCGAAUCCACCCGGACUCGUUCACCGCGUUGCCAUGGCUACAGCACCUGCGUCUCAACCACUGUCCGCUGCUGAAGGUCGUCGAAAGUCACGCGUUCAGCUCGGGCCUAGACGGGCUCCGCACGCUCGAGAUCGCCUCGAAUGCGAAGCUGAAUCAGAUAGCGACGGGAGCGUUCGCCGGUCUAACUUCUCUCGACCACGUCUACCUGCACGACAACCAGCUCAUCAACCUCGACGCCGCUCUGCUGCCGUGGAACGACCUCGCGCUCGUCGACCUGACACGCAACCCGUGGCGCUGCGACUGCGACCUCUCCUGGAUGCCCGCCAUGAUGCGCGCGGCGCGCAACACCACGCAUGCGCUGCUCGCCAUGGUCACGUGCAACUCGCCGGCGCGCAUGUACAAGAAAGUAGUGCGCGACACGCGCGCGAGCGAGUACGUCUGCAGUUACCAUCCGACGGAUCAUCGCGUCAUCGCCGCGGCCGUCAGCGUCGCGGCGUUUCUUGUUGUCGUCGUCGUCGUCGUGUUCGUGUACCGCGCGCGACACAACAUCGGCGACCGCGUGAAGCGACGCUUCCGCUAUCGGGUGUUCCGUGACGGACAGCUGUCGACCGUGGAUGAUGAGAUGCAGAGAGGCGACGAGGCGGCGCAGAGCGCGGAGAAACUGUGAGAGAGGAGAGAGAGAGGAGAAACUGUGA